UGUGGAAGCCAUUUCAAUUACAGAACAUUAAGGAGAUUUACCGAAAGAACUACAAUCAGCCUCUCCUCUCUCAACACCGCCCACCCCGGUUGUCGGCUACAGUUUUGUCAGGCAGCAAACUUCCUGAAUGAAACACUAACCACAAUAAGAAGGGCUGAGUUGCCUGUUCGUGCAAACAAUUGAACCAUUUGUCUGUUGUUAUUAUAAAUUUUAAGUUACCGCUGUUUUAUCACCAGGCACAUUAGCUAGCGACGUGGCUCUCGUUGCCUAAGGACGGAGUUGAUCACCUGCUCCAAUCUGCUAAUCCCAUGUUAGCAGACUACCUGUAGGUAUUGUUCUCUUAGCCACCUCAUUGACAUCGGCAAACUGCUUUUUCCUCGUCUCACUUGCAGCUGUCUCACCGCAGGUCCUUGUCUGCUCCCAUUCUGUCAGUCUCCGUGAGUGAUUGAAUGCGGUGAGACUGGCAUCAGUGGACAAGCACACACACACAAAGGGCCAUUGAUUGGUCAAGGAUGACCAUGGACGACAUGAAGAAUGAAGCCGACACCGCCUCAGUAGUCUCCAUGGCUCUCUACACUGUGAUGUAUCCUGUCUUUAACCAGUUGGAGCAAGUCAACUUAUCAGCAGCGCAGACCUUGAGAGCAGCUUUCAUAAAGGCAGAGAAGGAGAACCCAGGUCUGACCCAGGACAUUGUAAUCAAAAUACUGGAGAAGAAGAAUUUAAAGAUCAACUAUAGCGAGUCUCUACUUCGCAUGGCUGCAGACGAUGUGGAAGAGUUCAUGAUUGACAGGCGAGAGCCAGAGUUCCAGGAGCUGAACGAGAGGGCCCGCGCUCUGAAACACAUCCUCAGCACCAUACCGGAUGAGAUCAAUGACAGAGUAGGCUUCCUACAGACCAUCAAAGACAUUGCCAGUGCCAUAAAGGAGCUGCUAGACACGGUUAAUACUGUCUUCAGGAAAUACCACUAUCAGAACAGACGGGCACUGGAACAGCAGAAGAAAGAAUUUGUGAAAUACUCCAAGAGCUUCAGCGACACUCUCAAAACCUACUUCAAAGAUGGAAAAGUGAUAAACGUGUUUGUCAGCGCCAACCGGCUCACCCACCAAACCAACAUGAUACUGCAGGCCUUCAAGACUUUGGUGUAGCAGCCUGAGAAGACCCACACCGACAGAUGUUUUUAUUGUAUCAUUUUGGGCUGUCUAAUUUAUAAUUCUGUGGCUUUGAGGGGAGAUCCGGUAGUUUGAGGUUCAAAGCAAAUCAGGUUGACAGUAAUUGCCAGGGAUUUUUAGCUCUCUUUUAUGUUGUUCUUUUAUCAGAUUCUUAAGUUGAUAUUUCUUUAUUCCUUUUAUACGUUUCCUUCUCUGUUCAGUUCUGUGUAGGGCUAAAAAAAAAUAUAUAUAUAUAGGGAAAACUUGAUCAUUUUCCAUAUCCUUUAAAACUUUUCAAUUGCAAAAGUCUUAAAAAGUUACAGUAAAAAUUUCCAAACACCUUCCCACAUUUUUGGGCUUGCACCUCAUUUUAUUGUCAUUACUGGUUGUAAAAACACACAGUGGUGUCUUCUACUUGGCGCUAAUAUCCUGCCACUAUCAGCAUACAUCAUUUUCAACUUAAAUCUGAUAUCUUCAGAUCUUGUCAAGAAAAUCAAAGUGUGUAGAUUUUUGAAAAUGAGACUUGAAUUUGAAAUUCUUCACCCAGUGCAUCAUAAGCGCAACCCAUCCAGGUGAGCAGUAACUCGUCAGCUGUGUGGUCUUUCUUUUCACUUUAGUUACAGAAAUAUAUGUGAUGUCUUCAUAUUUCCUGUCUUCUAACAAUAGGUAGUCCACUAUAUGAAAUAACACAUUGCUCUUUAGGUAGGUGAUCACAAAUGCAAAAUUUUAAAAGAAUGAGCUGAUCCAAGAAUUGAUUAUUUGGGAUGGGUUUAUGUACUGGGGUUAUGUGCAUACCCUGUCAGUUUUUUCCUGUAAGUUAGAGGUUGGAAAAAAAACGUUUGUAUAUAAGGUUUUUCUUUUCUUAAUUAUCUUGUGACCCUUCAGAAGUUGUAUGUAUUUAUACCAAAAACAAAUCCAACUUGAAACACUUUGGACUUUUAUUGUUUGCUGGUGUAUUUUUCUUUCUUCCCUAUGUAAAAGUGAUAUCAUGUUAUUAAACAUACAGUAAAUGGCA